AUGCGCAACAAUCCCCUGGUCAUCUGUGAAGCCAUGGACGAAUUUGCCGCUCAACAAGACUUCUUGAUCAACAUUGGCCCCGACAAAGCAGAAAAGAUCGCUGCUCUUAUUGCUGAGACAAAGCCAAGUGUCUUUGUUGAGCUGGGUGGUUAUGUUGGGUACUCAGCACUGUUCUUGGGGAACGCGUUGAGAAACGCGCACAAGGACAGCCAAGACGCUAAUAACGGCAUCUACUGGAGCCUUGAAGCCGAUCCGGUCUUCGCAGGUAUCACUAUGAACCUUGUCGAUCUAGCGGGACUAUCAGAUGUCGUAAAGGUGAUUACGGGAAAAGCUGCUGACUCCCUUAGACGACUGAAGGAAGAAGGGAAAUUGGAAAGUGUGGAUAUGCUGUUUCUGGACCACAUUGAAGAUUUGUAUGUUGCAGAUCUGCAAGUCGCUGAAUCACUUGGAUUACUCAAGAAGGGGAGCUAUAUUGUGGCAGAUAAUGUCCUUCGUCCUGGUGCACCUGAGUACAAACAGUAUGUCAAGGAACAUAAGUCCAUGGAUACUCGAGCGAUUAUGGGUCUGAUUAUCCCUGGGGAGUUCGAGGAUGAGAUUGAGGUGACAGAAUACAAGGGCUAA